AUGGCAAGACGCACUAGAGGAAAGCCCUUCAGUUCAGAAGGCGAACCCGAUACUUCAAGGGACCGAGAGCUCAAUACUCUUUCUGGAUUCCCUGGGUCCAGCUUCAGACGCAACCGAGCGUUCUGUAUCUCCUCUGUCAAAACAUCGAAUGAGAAGGCGAACCUUACACUGACUCAGUCGGGACGACUGAGUCUUAUCGGCAAUUCAUCAUUCAACUCUCAUCAUCAUUCCUCGUACCUGAUCCACAUCAUUCAUGACCCGCUCAGUCACAUCGCCCACACGGCAUUACCUCGCCAUGGACCAUAUCACUGGGACUCUGUCAUGGGCUCUGCAGCCAUACACGGUGGGAGGUGGCACCAUAUGGAUAAUGCCCUUCCCACUCGCAGGAGUGCUUCUAGCAUCAUCAUGCUCACACCAGAUCAUCGGAGCAUUGCCACAACACAACCAUCAAUCUUCCCUGAUAGACCGAUCACACUCUAUGGGCCAGAUCCUUCUUCACCCAGUCAUGCUUCUUUAGGAUGGACAAGCCGCCACAUACGCUCCUCAGAAGACAGCGCCCUAUGGACGCUGGCCUUCUUACUCGCAGGAGGGCUUCUCCUAUACCAAGCACCAUAUGAUACAGAGGACAUAGAAGACAGCGCUGCAUUGGGACAGUACACACCAAGACACAGGAGCGAAACUCCCUGUUUCGUGCCUAAGGACUAUCGUACCUUACCUAGCGAUUGCAACACCCUCUUCACAACUGAAUCACCGAACGCAAGUGACAGUUUAGAGGCAACCGUUGUUCAAUCCAAGUUAGCUGCAGGAACUUUCAAUGUUCUCAAAUUUAAGUAUUCAUACUUAUUUAAUGAUGUUCAAGGUCAAUCUGACUUGGACUCAGACAUGGUUAGUCACCAGAUAACCAGCAUCAAGACUACUUGGACACUCAGAUUCAAUGUUCAGGCCCACAUGCUUCAGAACCACCAGGAGUGA